AUGCCGAUGCCAAUUCGGCCGGCGCCGAGGCAGGAUCCGUUGAAAUGCAGGGACAGAAAAACAAAACACCUACGCUCGCUUCGUUCCACGCGCGGGUGUGCGCUGGACUGGCGGGCUGGCAAAGGGCUGGCAAAGGGCAAAGUCGGGGUGUGGGAUGGACGGACGAUCUGCCCCCGUUUGGCGCUAUGUGUACCUAGAAUAUUGAUUGCCCUGCCCGAUAUAUUGGACGGGGCGUCUCAACAUUCUCAUCUUCGCUGGCUGGCUGGCUGGCUGGCGGCGGUGAAGACCAUCCACCAUGCAAUUCCCGCCUGGGAAACUCCUUCCUCAGUCAGUGCAUUUUCCACUUCCGGCGCGACUUCUCCGCUCUGGUGCAUAUCCGCUGCACCUGAAGACCACACAGCUCAUCAUGUAUUGCAUAUGGUGCUGCAGACAAGGUAUCUCGCGCGCGCGCAGGGAAUGCAGAGCAGGCAUUGGCGUCGUCGUCGUCGUCAUCGUCGUCGUCGUCGUCGUGGGUUUGCGCCGUAG